GAGGGCUGGAGGGCUAUGGGGGAUGGAAGGAGGGCUGGAUGGAUGGAGGGCUGUGUGGGAUGGAAGGAGGGCUGGAGGGCUAUGGGGGAUGGAAGGAGGGAUGGAUGGAUGGAGGGCUAUGGGGGAUGGAAGGAGGGCUGGAGGGCUGUGUGGGAUGGAAGGAGGGCUGGAGGGCUGUGUGGGAUGGAAGGAGGGCUGGCUGGAUGGAGGGCUAUGGGGGAUGGAAGGAGGGAUGGAGGGCUGUGGGGGAUGGAAGGAGGGCUGGAGGGCUAUGGGGGAUGGAAGGAGGGAUGGAGGGCUGUGAGGGAUGGAAGGAGGGAUGGAGGGCUAUGGGGGAUGGAAGGAGGGAUGGAUGGAUGGAGGGCUGUGUGGGAUGGAAGGAGGGAUGGAAGGAGGGAUGGAGGGCUGUGUGGGAUGGAAGGAGGGAUGGAGGGCUGUGUGGCAUGGAAGGAGGGCUGGAGGGCUAUGGGGGAUGGAAGGAGGGAUGGAGGGCUGUGGGGGAUGGAAGGAGGGCUGGAUGGAUGGAGGGCUGUGUGGGAUGGAAGGAGGGCUGGAGGGCUGUGGGGGAUGGAAGGAGGGAUGGAGGGCUAUGGGGGAUGGAAGGAGGGCUGGAUGGAUGGAGGGCUGUGUGGGAUGGAAGGAGGGAUGGAGGGCUAUGGGGGAUGGAAGGAGGGCUGGAUGGAUGGAGGGCUGUGUGGGAUGGAAGGAGGGAUGGAGGGCUGUGUGGGAUGGAAGGAGGGAUGGAGGGCUGUGGGGGAUGGAAGGAGGGCUGGAUGGAUGGAGGGCUGUGUGGGAUGGAAGGAGGGAUGGAGGGAUGGAGGGCUGUGUGGGAUGGAAGGAGGGAUGGAAGGAGGGAUGGAGGGCUGUGUGGGAUGGAAGGAGGGAUGGAGGGCUGUGGGGUGCAGACGCAGGACUCCAUGGGGCCCGGAGGGCUCCGGUUGAUUUAG